AUGCCCCAGAAUUUGGCAGCUCAGCGUCAAAAUGCUGGUCCAGCCUCUGCACCGCAACCUGGAACGACGGCCGGUGCACAAGGCUCUACCCCGGCGCUUGCUGUUUCCGCCGAAAACCUCAAGAGAAUCAACACGGUGCUAACCGAGGUGAGCAAGCAGAUCAAUGAUCUUGAGACAAGAAAGGCUAACGGAUUGUCAGCCGAACAAGCUGCGAACACUGACACCCAAUUCAAUCAGUUUCGAUCCAAGGCUUGCACAGUAUCAAAAGGUUGCUGUGUACAUGAAGGGUCAAUUGGAGAGAGGUGCUCAAGGCGGCACACCAGCCUCGGCGGGAAGUCCUGCUGUAAAGGUAGGCACGCCUGCAAUGGGUGGUGGAGCGUCAGGACCCGAUCCUCGCUUGAGACCAGGUUCUGCCCAGGGCGCAGACUCUCCCCGCUCUCACCAAAUCUGCUGGCUCAAGUGCAGAAACGUUGCUGGCGUGAGUCCACUUGGUGUAGUCAAAUCCCCGUGGAAUUGGGCCCAGGUCUUGGUCUUUUGCUUUAA